AUGCGUCUUCUUACGCGCGCGCCGGUACGUUCAAAGGCGACGCCGACGUCGGCAGUGCAGCAUCUUCCACCUCCCAAGCCAAAAGAAGCGUCGUACAGCAAUGGAACGGGUUGGGUGGGCUUUGUGACGACGGCGGCGGCCUUGGGGGUCGCUAUCCUGAUGCAUCGAGAUGCGCCAAGCAGCGACGUCGAAUGUGGGUCAAGGAGUGAAUCCUGGUGGGCAAGCCCUAAGCUGGAGCAACGAGGACACUAUACGCUGCUAAAAGAGCUUGGUCGAGGAGGAUUUUCCAUUGUGCGUCUUGCGUUCGACACAGAGACUAAACAGAUGCUGGCCGCAAAGAUUUUUGAUCCGAAAAGCUCGUCGAUGGAGACGAUUCAGGCCGAGAUUGAUAUUCUGCGGUAUCUUGGCGUGCACCGAAACAUUGUGUCGCUGCACGAUGUCCUGUAUCUGAAGGAUGAAACUGUUAUGCUGACGGAUUUGGUUGAAGGAGGAGAGCUUUUUGACUACAUUGUCGAUAUGGGAUCUGUUUCAGAGCAAGACGCUGCUCAUCUACUGCAUGAUGUCUGUCAGGCUCUAGACUACGUGCACUCCCGUGGUGUCUGCGCGUAUUGGGCUCCUGAGAUCAUAAAACGCCAGCCUCAAGACUUCGGCGUUGACAUGUGGGCUUUCGGCGUUCUCGCCUAUAUCACCCUCACAGGAGUGCACCCAUAUGACCCACGAGGUGACAAGUCGGACGCGGAAAUCGUAAAGGAGAUCGCAAAUGGAAAUUACGACGUGGAGAACAAUUGGUACAAGAAUCUGACUGCAGAAGCGAAGGAUUUCUUGACGCGAUUAUUAGAUUCCGACCCUGCCAAACGGUUAACUGCCAAGCAGGCACUGCAGCAUUCAUGGCUGAGUGGCAUCACGACGUCUGCGGAGCCCCUCGACAGCUGCUACACCCAGCGACUACAAUCGUAUCAGCGCUUGCAGCAACUUCGAGCCAACAUUUUGGCAGUCGUCAUGGGUGUGCAGCACGCGAAACUGGGUAAAACUUCUGAUGCCGAUGAAAAGCGACUCACGUCUCGCCGCACAGCGACCGUGAAUAUGGACAUGUUCAAGGAGACGUUUUCUCUUUUCGACAAAGACGAAUCAGGCUGCAUCGACCAAGAGGAGCUGAAGGGCAUGCUCUUAGCACUGGGACAGCAGCUUUCAAGUUCUGAAAUUGAUGAGAUCAUGCACCAAGCAGACACUGACGGUGAUGGGAAGAUUUCGUUCACUGAGUUUGUUAGUAUGAUGAACGACCGACUAUUCCGUCGCGGGGAUCUGACGACUGGAGAUCUCAAAGCAGCUUUCGAUACCUUUGAUGUGAAUCAUGACGGAUUUAUCUCCAGUAGCGAACUCGAGCACAUCCUCCAUGUGCUUGGCAAUAAGCACAUCAACAACGAGGAAACCUGCAAAAUUAUCCAAGCGGCAGACAAGAACGAGGACGGGAAGAUCGACUACGAUGAGUUCUGUGCCUUGAUGCAGCAGCAACAACAGCACACGAAGAGCUAA